UCAUGCCCUAUAUUCUCGGCACACUCGAUACCAUCUCCCAUUUUAAUUUCUGAUUAAUAUUCUCUCCCUACGUUCUCUUUUCUAUGUUUUUUCGUACGUUUUCAACAGCAAAAGGGAGCUGUCUUUCUCUGCUUCUACUCUUUCUUAAAGUUGAGCUGUAAAAGGAUAAACUUGAGAUCCAUCAUCUCUAAGCAGACCUUCAUUGAUCUAUGAGAUUGUCCUUUGCCGAUCAGGUCUAUUAACUUCUACUGGCUCAAUACUGCCUUCCCUUCUUGAAGUUUGUUCAAUUGGACUUAUACUUUUAUCAAGUAAGUAAAAGGUAGAUUGAAUUGUGAAGAAAAAGUGGUGGGGUUUAUUCUGUUGGUAUUGGGAUGGCGAAUCGACUUAAAGAGGACGAGAAGAAUGAGAGAAUUAUACGGAAUCUUCUGAAGCUUCCUGAGAAUCGCAGGUGUAUCAACUGCAACAGUUUGGGGCCUCAAUAUGUGUGCACUAAUUUCUCAACAUUUGUCUGUACAACGUGCAGCGGGAUACAUCGAGAGUUCACGCAUAGAGUCAAGUCGGUAUCUAUGGCUAAAUUUACUCCACAAGAAGUUAGUGCCCUUCAGGGAGGGGGGAAUGCAAGUGCUAGAGAAAUUUAUCUCAAGGAAUGGGAUCCUCAACGUAAUUCACUCCCUGAUGGCAGCAAUAUAGAGAGACUACGUGAUUUCAUCAAGCAUGUCUAUGUCGAUAGAAGAUAUACUGGUGAGAGGAACUUGGAAAAGCCUCUGAGGGCGAAGAUGGGAGAAGCCGAAGAUUUCAAUGGCAAUAGGAGGAUAGACACCUAUCAGGGUGGUUCACGAAGUCCACCUUAUGAAGACACUUUUGAACGCCACCAUAGUGAUAGGCGUAGUCCUGGUGGAAGAAGUCCAGGAUAUGAUCGGCAAAAUAGUGAAUAUAAAAGAAGUCCUGCUCAUGGUGAAGUAGUUAAUGACUGGCGACGAGAGGAUAGGUUUGGAAAUGGGAGGAGGUCUGAAGAUAGAAGUUCUGAUGGAGGGUCUAAGGUUGAAGGUAAAUCACCUGAUAGUCAAAGAGAUUCCGACAUAUCCAGCCCGCCUAUUGUCCGUCCUGUUAGAGAUAUCUUAGGAGAGAAUGUAUCUCCUCUUCGAGUAAUAGAACCUCCAAAAGUCACUGGUGUCAAGUUAACUGAUGGUUCAGCACAGACACAGAGAACUGCAUCCUCAAGCAGCUUGGCCUCAUCUGAGAAUCCAUCUGAGAUCAAAAUGGAGGCUUCGUUUAUUGAUUUCGAUUCUGUUCCCGAACCUCCAAUAACAGUGACUGUUCCACAAACCCAGCAAGUGCCUCCAGAUGCAUCUUCCGUGCAAGUGACAGCAUCUAGUGGUGAUGACUGGGCAAAUUUUGAUUCUGUACCUGAGGUGAAAGCAUAUACUGCACCCUCAAACUCUUUGGAAUCUGUGCUUUCGGAGCUGUCAAUUCCAGCACCCACAUCUGGUGCCUCUGCUCCUGUGGGCAACUUAUCAUCUUUCCAAUCUAGUGGCUCACAAGGCUCAUCUUUUGGGUCAUCCUUUGGAAGUGCUGGUCCGUCAUCAGUGCUUCCCCAUGGUGGUAAUCCUGCGGCAUCCCUUGGACCAGUACCACAACAGUUGGUCAAUGUUGAAGGUAGCCCGCUUGCCAAUGAUCUCGCUAGAGGACAAUGGACUACCAUGAAUUCUCAAAAUCAUUCCAUUCUCCCUGGAGGUAUUGGCCAGCCGAUUUCUCAACUAGUUACCCCUGCUGUUGGUGGGUCUUCAAGCAACGAGCCAUGGAAUUCACUUGCGCCAAAUGCCCAAGGACCACCUGGUACAUCUGUUGCACGAGUUGGCAACUUUGAAACAGCUCCUGCCAUGGGAACCUCAAUUGGAUUCCGGACAGAAUCAUCAGAAGCAAAAUCUAGUGGGAGAAAAGCACUGCCUGAGGAUUUAUUUACUGUGAAUUACUCUUAUACUCCAUCUCCAGUUUCAGGCUGGUAUUCCGGUUCUGCAUAUGUUGCUGGGGUCCCUAUGCAGUAUAACAUGCCAAUGGUUGUACCUAAUUUCCAGCCAGUAUCGAGAUCGGCAAAUCCUUUUGAUGUUGGCAAUGAACCUUCUCCUGUUCAAGCCUCAACAUUUCCUUCACUAGCAUCUUUGGGAGGUGCAUUACCCCAAACUACAACUCCCUCCGGGCUACUGCGUACUUCAAGCCUUGGAGGCCUUCCACCUCAUCCUCCGUCGAUGCUUGCUCAAGGACCAUCUUAUGCAUCUGCAACCCCUCCAACAGGUUCUGUUAUUCAACAAGAAAUAGCGGGCACCAUGACACCAAGGCCACAAGGACUAUCCGGCUUCAGCAUUCAGGACCCUGCUUUUGCACCUCUAAACCCAAAUUCUCAACUGGGUGGAUUACAUCCAGCUCAGUCUGCUUCAAGUAACUUCACUUCUUUAGGUGGAAACCCAUUUGGCUAAGAAACAGAACCAGUUUGGUGUGAGCAUCAUCUUGUUGCUUCCUUUCAACUCAUUAUAGAUGAUAUUGUAAUGGUUCUACUGAGAAUGAAGUGUGCUGCAUUUGGAAUUGGACAAAUGAUUCAUUUUUCCUUGGUGUACUUCAGAAAGCAGUUACAGAGUGGAGCUUGACUCAAUCUAUUGUUGAUUGAGCUCAUUCAUGUCCAUCUGAACUAUAUAGCCCAUGAAGCUGGCGACUGUAGCAUGUUUAACUAGUUCUGGUGAUGCGGUUUAUGCCGUUUUGCUUUCCAAACUUCUGUAUUAUAAGUUCAUUUUUCUGGUUUAGUAUUGUGGUGAGAUGAUACUUGUAGUUUAAGAAACAAAUCAGCUUGUAGAGUGAAUUUUUAUAUUACCAUUGUGUCGAAUUUGGAUAAAUAUUUAUGUUGAUAUUUGUAUUUUUAAAUAAA